AUGAAGAAUUCGAAAAUUUCGGCGUGUAUACACCAGGAUUUCAUUUGUCGGGGUGCGGUGUCACCGGAGGUGCUGAGCACAGGAGCUAGGGGAUCGCCUCUCGGAGUCAGCGGGAGGAGGGCCGGGGAGGAGGUUCGGGGAGCGGGAGGGCGGGGAGGCAGGCCGCGGCGGGAGGCACACGAGCGGAGCGCCCGCCACCCGCCGUACGCGUAUUGUAUGGAAAUAUAUAAUUGGCCCUCGUAUUCUUCUUUUGACGAGCUGCGCGAUCGCUCCAUUAUGUCGGGCGCAGCGGGAGCGGCGGCACUCGGCCGCCAC